UAUCGACCAUCUCCACCUUCUUCUUUACAUUCAAUCUCUAUUAGAUUCGCACAGAGCUAGAAAAGCCCUAAGUUUUGUUUUGUAGAUCCAUAAGUGUGGGAGAAAUGGAGGAUGAGGUGAUGAGCGAGAUUCACCUCGGCUGCCCACCCGCCACUAACAAACCUUUUCUUUCCCGUUUCAGUUUCUCCGGUCAUCAUCAUUGUAACUUCAGUGUUGAUAAAGACGGAGAUCUUCUUCUUCCUAGACGCAACAAGAACAAUUUCACUACUGUCCCAUCCCCUCUCUCGUUUACUGUCACUAUUCAGCAUUCUAUCACAUCUACGCUCCCUCUUGUUGGUCUCCAGGUGUGGAAAUCACAACUUGUCCUAUCAGAAUUUGUGCUACAUAAGACGUGCACCUCAUCUGAGUUCCACGGCAUUGUGUGUCUGGAACUUGGUUCCGGAACAGGGCUACUGGGUAUAUUGCUUGCACGGGUCGCCAAGGCUGUUUUCCUUACUGACCAUGGAGACGCAAUUCUUGGCAACUGUGCUAACAACGUCGAAAUCAACUCAUCCUUGUUUAACCCCAAAACUGUGGUAAAUGUCCGUGAGCUCAACUGGAUCAGCGAAUGGCCUAUUCAAGACACCAAUUGCCACUGCACAAUUCCGGACAAGUAUUGUUGGAGCUCGCAGGACUUUGAACAAGUUAAAAAUGCAAGCUUCAUUUUCGCCGCAGAUGUGGUCUACAGCGAUGAUCUAACUAUUGCGCUAUUUAGCACAUUAAAGAGGCUGAUGUCAUUCGGGUGUGACAAGGUGCUAUAUUUGGGACUGGAGAAACGAUACAACUUCAGUCUGAAUGAUCUCAACGUAGUCGCCAAUGGCUACGCCUGCUUUAGAAGCUAUAUCAAAGAAAGUGGACUUUGUGAGCAAGAGAAGGGGACUUUUGUGGGCAAGCGCAUUGACGUUACACAUAUCCCUCAGUAUAUCAAAGAUUACGAUAGAGGAGAAGACGUUGAGGUUUGGGAGAUAAAAUAUAUAUUUUGAUUAACAUUCCAAUUUGGUUUGCAUCUCUUUUGAUGUUAAAAGAGUCCAAUGCAGAACGAAUCCGCAUUACUCUCAACAAUAAUUAAA